AUGGAGACUGGUGGAAAGGUGAAGAAGGGAGCAGGAGGGAGGAAGGGAGGCGGUCCAAAGAAGAAACCGGUUUCACGCUCCGUCAAGGCCGGUCUUCAGUUCCCCGUCGGUCGGAUCGGUCGGUACUUGAAGAAAGGUCGUUACUCUCAACGUGUUGGAACCGGAGCUCCGGUCUACCUUGCUGCUGUGCUCGAGUAUCUUGCUGCUGAGGUUUUGGAGCUGGCUGGAAAUGCAGCAAGGGAUAACAAGAAGAACAGGAUAAUACCAAGGCAUGUGCUUUUGGCUGUGAGGAACGAUGAAGAAUUAGGAAAGCUACUUGCUGGGGUGACCAUAGCUCAUGGUGGGGUGCUGCCUAACAUCAACCCUGUUCUUUUGCCUAAGAAAACUGAAAAGGCAGCCAAAGAGCCCAAGUCACCAUCCAAGGCUACCAAAUCACCUAAGAAGGCUUAG